GGUGAAGCAGCACUGAUAGACCAAUUUCAAAGUGGGCUUCGCAGUGAUGUUAAGGACUUGCUUCUUUCAGUAGAAGACCCAACUUCACUAAAUGACGUGGUUUCGAAAGCCGUCAAGCAAGAAUGUUUAUGGGACCUUCCAGCAAGACAACACCAUUCUCAGCCCAUUACCAGACCAGCACCUUUUGAAGCAGACCCAAUGCAAAUUGAUACUGUAAGAAUUAAGCCACUCUCAGCAGCAGAGAAAAGACGGCGCUAUGCAAAUAAUCUCUGUUUUUACUGUGGUGACCCAGGUCACAUUGUUAAAAACUGUUCUAAAAAAUCUAACAUAUCACCAAGAAUUGAUACUAUUGUCUCCUCAGAAGAACUGUCGGAAAAAGAACGGCCCCAGUCGCAUCCAAACCCCAUAUACCUACUACCCAAUAACUGCCCUGUAUCAGCAUUCAUCCCAGAGUUAUACAUACACUUGCCAAAUGGAACUCAAACAAGUGUGGAAGCUUUAAUCGACUCUGGAGCAUCAGCAUGUUUCUUAGACCUAGCCCUAGCUCAAGAACUCAACUUACCUAUUUAUAAAAAAGAGAUGCCAUUAUCAGUUGAGAUAGUUGACGGUCAAGAGCUUUCAUCAGGGUCUAUAAUGCAGAAAACUGGGCCUAUUUCUGUACAUUUGCAAGAUCAUUAUGAGGAAAUAAUCUUUAACCUUAUCCCUUCUCCUCAUUACAAAGUAAUAUUGGGGCUAUCCUGGUUGACUCUACAUAAUCCUGAAAUUAAGUGGCACGAGCGAAUCAUCACUUUUUCAGACCCAACCUAUAGCACUCAACUUCUUCCGCCUGCAGGAACUAGCUUUACUAAUAAAGAGCAAAUUUUCAUAGUUCAAGUUUUUUCUACUGGGGCAGUUGACCCCUACCAUACUGACAAAGGGCCAUCCCCAACAGUUCCAGAAAAGUACCAAGAAUUUAGUGAUGUUUUCAGUGAAAAAGAAGCCUAUAAAUUACCCAAAAAUCGUCAAUAUGACUGUACAAUCGACCUAUUACCUGAUACGCAGCCUUCUUGA